AUGAAAGCUGAUUGGGAUUUGUCUGCCAAUUGGUCAAUUACCUUUGCUAACUGGGUCGCUAGGAUUGUAGAGAUUAUUUUGAGAAACGAGCUUAUUAAGCUUAUCGGUCUAAAAUCACUAACGAAAGCUGAAGCCACGAGCAUUCCUUCAAGGGAGCGGCCUGUUGCACCCUUCUUCCUUGCUGAUCACAAAGUUCUCUUGGUUCAUGGCCAGCUAUUGCCUAUAGUUAGUGACUAUGGAGAAAACACUAGCCAAAUCCAAACCUACAUUGUUCAUGUUCUUAAGCCAGAGAGGUCAAAUUUCUUGGGCGCUGAGGAUUUAGAGAAUUGGCACAAGUCCUUUUUGCCCAACACUACUCUAGACACAGGCGAGCCGCGGAUGCUUUACUCAUACAAAGAAGCAAUUAGCGGGUUUGCAGCAAGAUUAACACCCGAAGAACUUGGUCCACAAGCAACUCAUUUUUCGGUGAAGGGAUCAUCAUCGGAGUGUUGGAUACAGGUAUUCACUUCCCUCAUCCGUCCUUUGCAGAUACAGGAAUGCCACCACGGCCAAGAGGAUGGAACGCAAGUUGUUACCUACCAAGACGGUCUUGCAAUGGCAAAAGUCAUUGGGGCACAAUCUUUCAAACAAGGUAAUACAACCAUUCCGCCGACUGACAUAGACCAGGGUCACGGUACACAUGUCGCUGGCAUUGCAGCAGGCAACUUCGUGGAUAAUGCAGAAGUCCUCGGCCAAGCUCCUGGAAGGGCUGCAGGGAUGGCGCCAAAAGCAUUUAUAUCAGUGUACAAGGUGUGUUGGAAAGAUAUAGGAUGUGAAUCAAGUGGUAUCCUGGCAGGCAUAGACAAAGCAAUUCAAGAUGGGGUGCAUAUCCUCCAAAUGUCAUUUGGGGCACGACCUCCUUACUUGCCCAACUCCUUUGACGAUGAUGAAGUUGCUGUUGCCACGUACUCAGCAAUGCAGAAGGGGAUCUUCCCAUGCACAGCUGCUGGUAACAAUGGCCCCGACUUGGAGACAUUGAGUCAUGCAGCUCCGUGGGAUAUGGUUGUUGGUGCGACCACGACAGAUAGAAGAAUAAGAGCAACUGUGACGCUCGGAAAUGGGAAGCAAUUCCAUGGAGAAAGCGCUUAUCAACCCAAAACAGUUACAAACAAGUUUCUUCCCCUUGUUUUUCCAGGUAGCAACGGACGUUCAGACCAACUGUCUUGCAAGAAUAAUUCAUUAAAUGGCUUCAAUGUUAGAAAUAAGAUUGUGAUGUGCUAUGUUGGAGAUAUAGAGAAUACUGAAAAAGGUGAUUUCGUCAGGAAUGCUGGAGGUGCAGGCAUGAUCCUCAUGAACUUUGAUGUCUUGGGGUUCACAACAUCUUCAGAACCUCACCCUCUUCCAGUAUCCCAUGUGAGUGAUAAGGACGCCAUUCAAAUUAGAGAUUAUUUUGCUACAAACUCUACACCAACAGCAAAAAUCACCUUCGGUGGCACUAUAUUCGGUGUUCGCCCAGCUCCGGCAUUAGCCUAUUUCUCAUCGAGAGGCCCGGCCAGGUAUAAUGGAAACAUUGUGAAGCCAGAUGUCACUGCACCAGGAGUGAAUAUUUUAGCUGCAUGGCCAGUAGAAGUUGGGCCCUUCCCAUCCGGCCUAAAAAGAAAGACAUUCAACUUCUUGAGUGGCACAUCCAUGGCAACACCUCAUGUUUCCGGAAUUGUGGCUCUUAUCAUGAGCAAGUUAAAAAACGACAACAAACGUCAAUGGUCAACAUCAGAGAUCCAAUCAGCACUCAUCACCACAGCCAACACAUUCGACUUAGAUGGAAGACCAAUCUUUGAUGAAGCAACUUUGAACAACAGUGCCAACAUUCUCCAAAGGGGAGCAGGGCAAGUCAAUGUCACGAAUGCCAUGGAUCCAGGUCUUCUCAUAACAUCGAAAACGGAUGAUUAUGUCGCCUAUCUUUGUGGAAUCUUUUUAAUAGCAGCCAGACAGUGCAAAUCUUCACCAAAAAAACAAUACCCAGUGUACUAG